AUGGAGAAGCACAAGCUCACGAACAGGGCUGUCCAACAAGUGAGCUCCACUACGAACUUCGACCGUUCGAAUCUUGCACCUGCGGUAUCUGACUCGGCCCAAUCACGUGACUCUCAGCGAACCAUUCUUUCGCCGCCGGCGCAAUCACCCGAGUCACCCAACCCACUGGAGCGAUUUCAAGCCAACAAGAAAACUCGGGCCACUCGACAGCAACAGCCUACCAAACAAGCGCGAGCGCUCCAAUCCAAGAAGACUCGAGUAGGUUCCUUUGCCAAACCUUGCGUCCCCUUAAAGCCGAUCCAUCGAACUGAUAAAGAGGAAUCACCGAUCUUCGACCCGCCGCAGUCGAAUUCUACCCCUCCCAAGCCCACCAAGCGCAAGCGAAGCGAAUCCGCCGCCGAACGUAAUGAUCGCAUGUUGAAGUGCGCCAAAAAGAAGCGCACGACCGACUUCGAAGUCUACAACCCUAUUCUGCGCGCCAAAAUGCAAGCGAGGGAGGCAAGCGAGCGCGCGCCUUUGCAGAUUCCUGUUGAGGUGACCCACAUUCAUGGGGCCGUCAUGAAUCACCAAGAUGAUCAGGAUCUCCGCUCUCAAGCACCGAGCCCAGCGGACCCCGAGGACAAGCUAUGGCACGUCAAAGUGGAAGAACAAGAAGAUGCCUUCAAGCUCGAAGCCAGCAUCAUCGACUUGCAAGUCAUGGACAUGGACGACGACGAUACGUAUUCCGUCGUUUCCGAGACUCCACCCCCUGUCCCGGAACUCGCUCGACUCAUCCACGACUUCGAGUGCCAUCGACGAUCGUACCACCACGUCAAGCCUUUCACCAAGGACCUCACCACCGUCUUCGACUUCUAUCCUGACCAUUCAUCGCUCGCUCUACGUUGCCACCGCUACGAAACGUUCCUUCGCCGCCUUUCGAUCCAAGUCGAAGCCGUGGUCAAGUGUCCUACCAACGACACUGACCGCCAUCAAGAUUUGAUCGACGCCGCUGCGCAAAGCCUCAGGUACCAAAUCUCGGAUGAGCUCGAGUACGUCGGCUAUAAGGAAAGAUGCCCGCACCACUCGCUGUUUGCGGGAAAGGAGGAGGACGAGGAGGAGGCUCCGAAGCGAUUUAUCAAGGUCGAGGUUUGA